AUGGCGCGCUGGCCCCUAGCAACAGCGGUGCGCUCAGUAUCAAGUUCCACGAUCUCGUUGUUACAAUCCCAGGAACAAAUCGCCAACGCCGAUUUGAAAAAUACCACCGCCCAGCUUGAGUUCUACAAGUCUCUUCUAGCCCACAACUAUCCCCAUAUUGUGGUGCAACGGUACGAGACUCCCGGGAUUGCUAACUCACCCGACUGUACCGGUAUCUACGUUGAAGCUUUAAACAAGAUGGGGAAGAAAGCUAAAGCCGAACAGGUGAUGAAGGCCAUGGCUGCCAAUAACGCCCUGGGAAUGGGCGCAUUCCCCAGUGGCUUCGGCUCCAAGUAUGAGCCUGUGCACGUAGUGGUCAGUGAGAGCAUUUUCACGAUCAUUUCCAAAUGGCUCAAGUGGUUGAUUCCGGUGGGAAUGUUGACCUAUGGUGCCACCAACGCCUUCAACUAUUUGGCGGAAAAUGGAACCAUUUUCAAGAACACUGAGGUUGUUGACAAGUCGGUGGACGUGAGUCAGCUGACAGUGAAGUUCUCGGAUGUGUGUGGAUGUGAUGAAGCCCGUGCGGAGCUCGAAGAGAUUGUUGAAUUUUUGAAGGACCCAUCCAAGUUCACUGGUUUGGGAGGUAAGUUACCCAAAGGGGUAUUGUUGACGGGUCCUCCGGGUACUGGUAAGACGCUUUUGGCACGUGCCACUGCUGGUGAGGCCGGAGUGCCGUUUUUCUUCAUGUCAGGAUCCGAGUUCGACGAGCUAUACGUGGGUGUUGGGGCCAAGAGAAUCAGAGAGUUGUUCUCACAGGCCCGAGAAAAGUCGCCAGCCAUCAUCUUCAUUGACGAGUUGGAUGCCAUUGGUGGUAAGAGAAACCCCAAAGACCAGGCAUAUGCCAAGCAGACAUUGAACCAGCUCUUGGUGGAAUUGGACGGGUUUUCCCAGACAUCAGGAAUUAUUAUCAUUGGAGCCACUAAUUUCCCCGAGAGCUUGGACAAGGCAUUGACAAGACCUGGUCGGUUUGACAAGGAAGUCAAUGUUGACUUGCCUGAUGUCCGUGGCCGGAUCGAUAUUUUGAAGCAUCACAUGAAGAACGUCGAAACAGCCGAAAGUGUGGACCCAUCCAUUCUUGCCAGAGGAACUCCUGGGCUUAGUGGAGCCGAAUUAAUGAACUUGGUCAACCAGGCAGCUGUGCACGCGUCUCAGUUGUCAGCUCCAGCGGUAGAUAUGAACCAUUUUGAAUGGGCUAAGGAUAAGAUUUUGAUGGGGGCUGCGAAACAGAAGAUGGUCAUCACCGAAGAAAGCCGGAAAAACACCGCCUACCACGAAGCUGGUCAUGCGAUCAUGGCCAUGUUCUCCAAGGGUGCAACACCUUUAUACAAGGCGACGAUUUUACCCCGGGGAAGAGCGUUAGGAAUCACCUUCCAGUUACCAGAAAUGGACAAGGUGGAUAUGACCCGUACCGAGUGUUUGGCACGGUUGGACGUAUGUAUGGGAGGUAAAAUUGCCGAAGAAAUCGUCAACGGGUACGAGAACGUGACCAGUGGAUGCUCUAGUGACUUGAGUAAUGCCACCAACGUGGCACGUGCCAUGGUAUUAUCCUACGGAAUGAGUAAUGUUAUUGGGCCCAUCAAGUUGAGCGAUGACUGGGAAAGUUGGUCGCAGAGCUUGCGUGACUUGGCCGAUAAGGAGAUCCGUAAGUUUUUGGUGGAUAGUGAAGAACGGACUCGGAAGGUGUUGAAAGAGAAAGAUGUGGAGCUCAAGAGGCUUGCGGAAGGAUUAUUGGAGUAUGAGACAUUAACGAAGGACGAGAUGGAGAAGCUUAUUCGCAACGAGCCUAUCAACAAGACGAAGGUAGUGAGCAACACUGUGAUCAAGGCGAACCAGAAAUAUGAGUUGAAGGAUGGGGAGAAGAUGUCGUAG